UCUUCACAUAAAGUAGCUGAAGCUACUUAAUAAUUGAGACACAAUUAUAAUUAUAUUUGUAUUCAUCUAGCUUUACCUACAUAGGUGAACUUGAGUAGUAAUUUGCAACAUGACAUAUAUUUUCCACCCUGCAAUUUCCUCACGCAUGGUAUUUUACUAAACUUUAUGCAAAGUUGAAAACAUACUUAUCGAUCCCACAAAGUAUUGUAUGGAAGGAAUGUUAUGAAAUCGUCGUAUCAUGGAGACACCGACUGUAGGAUUCCUCUUCGUUUUAUGGAUAGCGCACGCAUGCAUCGAACCAUUAGCAUUGCUGGGCUGUCCAUUUGGUCAAAAACUAUCAUAAAAUAGUUUUGGUUUGGUCACAUCCCAACGAUUCUGUGGUAUGAAUCCUAGUGCAUAAUUUUUUUAGGAUUUAUACACAAAAACUACGAAAUAAAUCCAACUGUUUACUCAUUUUACGUAACACCUUGAAAUUUCAUUACUGAAGAUACUAAAAAAUAACAAUUCACACAUUUGUGCAUCCUCCAAUAGUUUGGAUACAUUAUUAAUUUACAAUCCAUGAAAUUGAUCGGGUCGAUUCCCUACCGUCCUUUGUGGGAAAAAGUGUACUACCUUUACUUCACUUUCUACCUCGACCACUAUACACGGCAUUCCUCUACCCCUAGUCCGACCACAUUUCAUUUCAAUUAAAACCUACUCCCGAUAUCCGGGUGUGAGUAAAAGUAGUGAAAGCACCUCAGUAAACCUCAUUACCAAAAAUAUCGACAAUCGACAACCAGUCAAUUAGUUAGAAGGUAGCAAAAGAACAAAAUCUCACUUUUCUCGCAAAUAUCCUCCCAGUCUCAUCGUCACGUCAUAACAUCAUCAUCUCAAAAGUGUGAAAUAAAUUGUGCCCAAGAUGCAUAACUUUUUAAGCGAUUCUUUUAAGAGAAACUCUCAUUUUGUGCAUAAUGAGCUUGAGUGAUUUUGAUGAUCUGCCCCACGUUUUGAGGUUUACUUCUUCUUAUACUUUUGGUUUUUCUCGAAUACUUAUUACUUUAAAGUACUCCUACAUUUAAAAUCUGCUGUCUUCUCCUCUGUGACAAUAUUUACUUUGCAUUUUAUUUAAUCGUUCAUGGUCGAUGGGCAACGGGGCAAGUGCAGUGAGCAUGGAUCGUCGCUCGGCAUUCAUUGCAGUACGACGUGACAACUCGCAGAUGCCGGAGGAAGGGUCGGAGUACGAGUGUGAGAUAAGUUACCCACCACCGCAACCUUUGACCCAUCCGACCUUAUCGUCCCUGCAGCCACACCCGGAAGACCCACAAUUCCAUAAUCAUCAUCAGCAGCAGCCACGCCACAUCCAUCCCUCAUAUUGGUAUUGGUUCAAUGCAUACUCACACCUUUUGGAGCAGCAGGCCGUGACGGAAUAUCCUCCCCAGUCCCUCGAGCCUCGCCAACCAUACGGGCAAAUGGCUCGGAUGAUGGACACCCUGAUUCUCGACCCAUUCGUUCCAAAUCCUAUGGGAAUGGCGAAAAUGAGUGGGAUGUCGAAAUCCGUCAAUCACUUGAGCAGUGCUGGCGGUGGUCAUCGAACUAAUCGUCCCAUUGGACCGGUACGUCCGAGACAAAAUCUCAACUCGCUACACCAACGUCCUCCCAGAACCCCGUUUCAUCAGAACAAUAACAACAAUGGUGUCGGAGGUGGGGACGAUUUCAUUCCGAGCAAUCCAAACACGGCGGGAGGAGGGAUGCGUAACGGAGGGGGUGGAGAAUGGCGGUCGGAAACGCAGCGAUGUGAGGAGUCGUGGAAGGCAUCCUUGAGAAAAAGGGAUCCCGAUAUUCAGCCAACUCUGCCCAACAUACCGGCAAGGUCCAACUCACAAAAUAAUGCUCCACCCGGUUCCAGUGGAAGUAACGACUCGGGCGGAAGUGCCAGCGAUAAUGGCAGCAGACUUGCCAGUAAAUCCAAAUCCGUGGAACGUAUUCCUCGUCUUCCAGACGCAGCUAUUAACAAGAAGGAAAAUAAUGGGACCGCGACGGCAAGGACGCGAGCUACUUGGCGUGUUCCUAAUGGGGGUCGAAGAGCUUCGGACAAUUUGAUGCGCUCAUUUCCCAGGGGGACGAAAGGCGAGCAGCAACAAAGGACGACCAGGACCAGGUCGGAUGGCGAAGUUGAUUUAUCGGACGAAACGGACAGAGAAGAUCGACCAGUAUUUCACGCCGUAGGAUGGGAAUCUCAUCUUGUUGAUAUCCUGGAAAGGGACGUCCUUUCCCGAAAUCUUCACGUUCCUUGGAGUUCAAUCGCGGGACUCCACGAGGCGAAAGCUCUGUUACAAGAAGCUGUCGUUUUACCUCUUCUCAUGCCAGAGUUUUUCAGGGGUAUACGUCGACCUUGGAAGGGGGUCCUAAUGUUUGGACCACCAGGCACUGGAAAAACACUGUUGGCCAAGGCGGUUGCAACAGAAUGUGGGACGACAUUUUUCAACGUAUCCUCGUCAACCCUUACGUCGAAAUAUCGUGGAGAAUCUGAAAAAUUAGUCCGACUUUUAUUCGAAAUGGCCAGAUUUUAUGCUCCCACGACUAUUUUCAUUGACGAAAUCGACUCUUUAUGUUCCAUGCGGGGGACAGAUUCUGAGCAUGAAGCUUCACGACGAUUUAAGGCAGAAUUACUCAUCCAAAUGGACGGGCUUGGAUCAAAUCAUGAUGAAAAGCCUGUUAUGGUACUUUCCGCUACGAAUCAUCCUUGGGACAUUGAUGAAGCGUUCAGACGCCGUUUUGAAAAACGGAUCUAUAUCCCAUUGCCGAACUUGGAAGCCAGAGAAUCACUCCUCGAAUUGAAUUUGAAAGAUGUAGCGCUUGAUGGGGAAGUGAAAGUUAAAGAGAUUGGGAGAAAGUUGAAUGGAUAUUCGGGUGCUGAUAUCACAAGCGUUUGCAGGGAUGCUGCGAUGAUGACGAUGCGUCGAAAAAUUAGUGGAUUAACACCCGACGAGAUAAAAAAUAUGAAAAAGGAAGAUAUCGAAUUGCCAAUAACAGCAAAAGAUUUUGAAGAAGCGGUCGGGCGGUGCAAACGGUCAGUUUCGGAAACCGAUGUUAAACGUUACGAAAAGUGGUUGAAACAGUACGGUUCACAGUAAUUAAGCCGUAAUACCGCAAUUACUUUGGCUUUUCUAUGCAUACAUACAUAUGUAUGCAAUCCAAAUUAACCUAAAAUCAGGAGAAGUGACUACAAAGAAAGGGUGACUGUUUGAAAAUAGCUGUGAGACUGAUCAUGUCCGUUUUAAAUUUUUUAUGUGGUUGAUACAAAUCUUAUCGAACUGUUUUUAGUAUAGCCAACCUUUUAGCCUUCUUGUUAUGUAAUAAUAAUUCCGAAUAAUUAUCAAUUUAGACAAAUUUACAAAGAGACGCUGAA